UUGAUGUGGAGCGCCGUGCUGGAGAUUUUAUGGAGGCUGUCAAGAACCUUCAACUCUAUUUUGUUAGUUUGCAGCGGGAGGAUCAGCCUACCCAAGCAGAAAUCCUUCGGAGGGAGAUUACCAGAAUGGAAGGAGAAUUAAAUUUUAAGGAUGACCUUAUCCGUCAGCAAGAGAGAAUUAUUCAAGGAUGGAGGUUAAAGG